UUGGCAGUGCGGUGCGCGUUCGUGUAGUAAACAUGGGGGGAGCGAUGUUUUGUGCGGACCUUAAGUUAUUAGUGUUCGUAUUAAUCGCAGUCCUAGUAUCAAUUGAAGCUAAUUUAGUGCACAGAAAAUUUGAAUACAAAUAUUCUUUUAAACCUCCGUAUCUGGCCCAGAAAGACGGUUCGGUACCCUUUUGGGAAUACGGUGGAAAUGCAAUUGCUAGUUCAGAAAAUGUAAGAAUCGCUCCAUCAUUAAGAAGUCAAAAAGGUGCCAUAUGGACCAAAUCCCCAGUCAAUUUUGAUAAUUGGGAUGUGGAUAUUUCAUUUAGAGUAACUGGUCGAGGCAGAAUUGGAGCUGAUGGUUUGGCCUUCUGGUACACUCAGAACAAAGGUGCUUAUGAUGGGAAUGUGUUUGGUUCAUCUGAUAAAUGGGUUGGUUUGGGAUUGUUCUUUGACUCAUUUGACAAUGACAAUAAACACAAUAAUCCCUACAUUAUGGCUGUUGUCAAUGAUGGCACUAAAGAGUUUGAUCAUACAAAUGAUGGUACUACCCAACAGCUAGCAGGCUGCCUCAGAGAUUUCAGGAACAAACCUUUUCCAACAAGGGCUAGAAUUGAAUACUAUGAAAACACAUUGACAGUGUUAUUCCAUAAUGGUAUGACCAACAGUGAGCAAGACUACGAGAUGUGUUUGAGGGCUGAAAACGUUAUAUUGCCUAAAGGAGGUUACUUUGGUUUGUCAGCUGCAACAGGAGGUUUGGCUGAUGAUCAUGAUGUCAUUCAUUUCCUCACCUGGAGCUUGCACAAACCAGGCCAGGUGCCCACUAGUCAAGGUACUGCUGGGGAUGAACAACAAAAAUUGCAACAGGAAUAUCAGGAAUAUCAGAAGAAAUUAGAGCAACAGAAGGCUGAAUAUCGUAAAGAUCAUCCUGAUGAGAAAGAACCGGACGUGGAAGACUGGUUUGAGUCUGACAACCAGCGCGAACUCCGCCAAAUCUUCCAGGGACAGAACCAGAUCUACGAGACAAUUCGUGAACUAAGUAAGAAACUGGACGAGGUGGUUGGCCGACAGGAACGCACUCUCAGUUUAAUAUCACAGAAUGCCGUGGCAACGCAAGGAGCCGGUGCACCACCUCCGCCACCCGGUCAAGCUCCACCAUCCGCUACUGACACCAUUAGAAGGCAUGAAGUGGAUGCUGUCUUCAACAACCAAAAUCAAAUAUUGAACACCGCUAGGGAACUGAGGCAGUUAAUAUUGGAGUUGAAAACACGCGCAGAUACCAUAGUGAACAACCAAGCUAAACAGCCCACAGCCCAAGUACAGUCGGUGGGUUACGAUACGCAAUCUUUGAUUAGCGAGAUGCGGGACGGUCUCAAUCAUAUUAAACAAAAUACAGCGCAACUCUCUCAAAAAAUCGAUCAAGGUGCUGGUGGUGCCACGUCUUGCCCUAAUGUUAAUUGCGUUUCGGUGACAACAUUGAUAAUUGUCGUCCUCAUCGGUCAGCUCGUUGUACUUCUGGGGGUCAAUUUGUAUAGGGAUAGGGCAGGAAGUCAAGCAAAGAAGUUCUACUGAAAAUGGUUGUGAGAUUAAUUCAAGUGAGAUAUUGCUCCUAAAGACUAUUGAAUGACAAAUAUUAAAAUAGUACUGACAUUAGUGUAACUUCAUACAAUAUUCGUGUCUUCCUUGGUUACAUUUGUACAGUUAUUUAUUAGUUCAGUCUGUGUAUUUUUUCAUGCUCAUGUCUCCAAGAUCAUGCAUCCUACUUAAUGACAAAUUAUCUAGUGAAGUAUCUUCAAAAGACUAUUUAAAUAAUUUUGUUGCAAUAUUAUUUUGUUUUUACCAUAUUUUUAUAAAAUUUAAAAUGUUAUGUGUAUAAAAUUUUAAAUGUAAAAUAAAUACUUAUUUUAGA